AUGGUUUCUCUCGAAGAGGAAGAGGACCGCGAUAUGGGAGGUUCCCAGGAUGGAAGCUCUGAUAACGAGAACGAGAACGACAAUGAUAACGAGAACGAGAAUGAGAAUGACAUGGACGACACAAUGCGCGACGCCGACGCCGACGAUGGCGAUGGCGACAACGACAACGACCAGGAUGGGGAGGGAGACCAAGAUGCGGAUAGCCCUUCGAACGCGAGUCAGACGUCGGAGGGCGCAGGGAUGCAACAUAAUACCAAUGGCACUGGCGAGAAUACGGUCUUUGAAUCUUUCUCGAUCUACCAUCCUAGCGUACGCCCUGAGUGCCUUACGGCCAAGACUUACGAUAUUGUCCCAACCACGGCGGCCCCUCACGCGACCUCUAUCAAUGCGAUCACAGCAACGGCAGACAUGCGAUGGGUCUUCACUGGUGGAUCGGAUGGAUUCGUGCGCAAAUACAACUGGGCCGAGUCAAUCAACAGCAAGUUAAUGCUGACAGUGGCGCAAAGGCAUCCUUUCGUGGAUAGUGUGGUUAAGGCUGGCGUGCUCAUGACAUACUGGGAGAACAUGGACGCCAACCACUUGUCCCCGGUGUAUUCCUUGGCCUGCCAAAGCGAGGGCUUAUGGCUGCUUUCGGGUCUGGAAUCUGGAGCGAUCAGGCUGCAAACCUUGCGCCAUGAGGAAGGCAGAGAGAUUGUCGCGCUUCAACAACACACCUCUGCGGUCUCAACACUCAACCUGACUUCAGACGAACAAUCACUACUUUCUGGAAGUUGGGACAAGCGCGUCUUCGAUUGGGACUUGAACACUGGUCAGGCGAGACGUGCAUUUGGCGGCAGUGCUGGACAAAUAUCUUCUGUCCAAAUCAGGCCGGAGUCGAGCCUGCCCGUGCCUAAAGACACCAUCGAACUCCACCAGACUAAUGGCACAUACGCCUCAAACUACGCCGCUCCUGGCACGGAAAACAUCAGCUUCGCCGAUGGCAAACAAGGUGCUGCAGACUCCGGACCGACCGAGAACCCGCAGGCGGGCUCCCCUACUGAUUCAUUAUUCGGUGGGGCCGACUCAUUAUUCGGCGAUGCGGAUGGCGGGGCUGCUGAUGGGGGUGAGCCAUCUGGUGGUGUGUUCGGAGUAGACGAGGACGACGAAUUCGGUCGCGCCGUGGCCAAUGGUGCUAUGGCGGACGCCGACGCGCCAGGAGAGAUCGACGACGAUGUCCCUGCUCACCAGAGUGUCGCGCAUACCCAGAACAUACCUCCCGCGCAAGCUCCUGCAGAUGCACCGAAUGAGAAUAUGGAAGUGCCGGACUUCAACAUUCCCAAUAGCCCUCGGCCGCUGGUGAACGGAAUCCCCAAGGCAGAGGAUCUCGAAACUCAAAAACCGGAACCGGAAUUCUCACAAGAUAUACCACCAGAGCAAGGCCAUUCUGCUGAUAACACCUUCUUGGCUGCUUCGAUUGAUGGAACAAUUCGAGUAUGGGACCGCAGGCAACCUGACCCCGUCGCUCGCAUCACCCCACACAAUGUUCCGCCAUGGUGUAUGAAUGCCUGCUGGUCGCCAGAUGGUAACUAUAUAUAUGCUGGGCGGCGAAACGGCACAGUUGAAGAAUACAGCCUUCACAAUGGUCUCAGGAAUGUCGAACGCACAUUCAAGUUCCCUCAAGGGAGCGGACCGGUGACAGCACUCAGAGCCAUGCCAAAUGGGCGACAUCUGGUUUGUGCUUCCCACGACAUUCUUCGACUGUAUGAUCUCCAAAACGAUCAGAACGAGCAGUCAUCCCGCCACUCCGCGGUACCCUUCCUCAUCAUCCCUGGUCACCGCACGGGAACCAUCUCUCAAUUGUUUGUCGAUAACGCAUGUCGCUACAUGAUUUCCACCAGCGGAAACCGUGGCUGGGAAGGAAAUACUACCGAGGUCCUCCUAGGAUAUGAAAUCGGGGUGCCCCAAUAA